UUCAGCCAUGAACUCCUCAUUCCCCCUGCGUUUCCUGGAGCUCCACCUGAACGCCACCGAGGGCAACUUCUCAGGAGUGGAGGGUGGGAACAAGUCCUCGCCGCCGUGUGAAGACAUGGGCAUCGCUGUGGAGGUGUUCCUGACCCUGGGCCUCGUCAGCCUCUUGGAGAACGUCUUGGUGGUUGGAGCCAUCGUGAAGAACAAGAACCUGCACUCCCCCAUGUACUUCUUUGUGUGCAGCUUGGCGGUGGCCGACAUGCUGGUGAGCAUGUCCAACUCCUGGGAGACGAUCACCAUCUACCUGAUCAACAACAAGCACCUGGUGAUCGCAGACACCUCCUUGCGCCACAUUGACAACAUGUUUGACUCCAUGAUCUGCAUCUCUGUGGUGGCCUCCAUGUGUAGCUUGCUGGCCAUCGCAGUGGACAGGUACGUCACCAUCUUCUACGCCUUGCGCUACCACCACAUCAUGACGGCGAAGCGUGCCGGGGCGGUCAUUGCGGCCAUCUGGAGCUUCUGCACAGGCUGCGGCAUCGUUUUUAUCUUGUAUUAUGAGUCCACCUACGUUGUCAUCUGCCUCAUUUCCAUGUUCUUCACCAUGCUGUUCCUCAUGGUGUCCCUGUACAUGCACAUGUUCCUCCUGGCCCGGGCUCAUGCCAGGCGGAUUGCAGCCGCACCUGGAUACAGCUCUGUGAGGCAGAGGGCCAGCAUGCGGGGAGCUGUCACCCUCACCAUGCUGCUCGGGGUGUUCAUUGUGUGCUGGGCACCCUUCUUCCUCCAUCUCAUCCUGAUGCUCUCAUGCCCCAAGAACAUCUACUGCUCCUGCUUCAUGUCUUACUUCAACAUGUACCUCAUCCUCAUCAUGUGCAACUCCGUGAUUGACCCUCUGAUCUAUGCCUUCCGCAGCCAGGAGAUGAGGAAGACCUUCAAGGAGAUCAUUUGCUGCCACGGCUUCAGGAUAGGCUGUUGGCUCCCUAGCAGAUCAAACCUGUGUUUCAGACGAGCACCCGUUCUUCUGUGGCCAUUAUUGCAUCAGAGGUGCUUGUGUUGUCACCCGCUUUGGGGAUGAGUGGUGAGAGUUCAUCACUGUCUUUUUGCACCCUGUUGCUUCUCUGGCCCCUGCUGUUUCUGGAGUCCCAUCCAUCCUCCGGCUAGGAAGAGU